CUAGUAAACUCGCUGGAUAAGAAAAUUGAUUUAUGGUGCUUAAUGUUGAAGGUUACAAUCUUAUUCAGUGAUUCAUAAUUUGUUUUCCAACAUAGGUUUCCAAAAAUACAGAUUUAUUUAGAUUUUUACUUUCCUGGCUCCAAUGUAUAGCCUACAUCCGUGUUGCUGCCUCUACCGCGCAGACUCGUCACUGCGGUUCCGCGUCAGCUGGGCUGGCUAGCUGAUAGUGGCUGCUUCAGGAGAGCUUACGUUACGAUCGACUCCGACUGGAUACUCUAUCGAUGGAUAAAACAAAUAUUUUCGACAAUGCAUUAAUGUUCAUAAACUGUGUACUUGUGAAUUAUGCUAUGGAAAGUGCGGUGACAACACCGUCCGUAACAUGUGAGAUUAUCAGAACAAGAUAUUAGCCAAGUGUGCGUCUUUAGAGCAGCUAACGUUAGCUAUCUAGGUAACUGUUACCGCUAUAUCAAAUUUAUGGUGGCUUCGUUGAUCCAUUUUUUGUGUUUCGUCCUCGUCUGUAUUGGUGGAAAAUGAAGAAGUUCAAUAUCAGAAAAGUGCUAAACGGCUUGACUGCUUCGUCUUCCUCUGCAUCUCCACAACCGGGAACUAAUCAAAACGAUGUGAUCCAAGAGACGCUACAAUCGGAGCAUUUUCAGCUCUGCAAGACUGUGCGCCAUGGCUUCCCCUACCGGCCCUCCUCCAUGGCCUUUGACCCUGUGCAGAAAAUUCUGGCCAUCGGGACUCAGAGUGGAGCUGUGAGACUUUUUGGCCGUGCGGGUGUGGAGUGUUACUGUCAGCAUGACAGUGGUGCAGCUGUCAUCCAGCUCCAGUUCCUGGUCAACGAGGGGGCGCUGGUGAGUGCCUUAGCUGAUGACAGCGUUCACCUGUGGAACCUGAGGCAGAAGCAGCCAGCUAUCCUGCACACUCUCAAAUUCAACAGGGAGAGGAUCACGUUUUGUCACCUGCCCUUCCAGAGUAAAUGGCUGUACAUCGGAACAGAGAAAGGAAACAUCCACAUCGUCAACGUUGAGUCUUUCACACUCUCAGGCUACGUCAUUAUGUGGAACAAAGCCAUCGAACUGUCCUCCAAGUCACACCCUGGGCCUGUGGUCCACAUCAGUGAUAACCCCAUGGACGAGGGAAAGAUUUUGAUUGGAUUUGAAUGUGGGACUGUGGUGUUGUGGGACCUGAAAUGCAAAAAAGCUGACUACCGCUACAAUCAUGAUGAGGCCAUCCACUCAGUAGCCUGGCACCAUGAGGGAAAACAGUUCACCUGCAGCCACUCAGAUGGAACUCUGACCACAUGGAAUGUACGGGUCCCCGCCAAGCCUACAAUCACCAUCACACCACACGGUAAGCAGCCCAAGGAUGGAAAGAAGCCAGAACCAUGCAAACCUAUCCUCAAAGUGGAGUAUAAAACGACUAGAGAUGGGGACGCCUUCAUGGUCAUGUCUGGAGGCCUGUCCUAUGACACGGGGUGCAGGAGGUCCUGUCUGACGGUGAUACAUGGGAAGAGUACUGCCAUCCUGGAGAUGGACUAUCCCAUCGUAGACUUCCUCACGCUCUGCGAAACACCUUAUCCUAAUGAUUUCCAGGAGCCUUAUGCUGUAGUUGUCCUCUUGGAAAAGGAUUUAGUUGUCAUCGACCUUGGACAAAUUGGGUACCCAAUAUUUGAGAACCCGUACCCUCUGUCGAUCCACGAGUCUCCAGUGACGUGCGUGGAGUACUUCGCUGACUGCCCUCCUGAACUCAUACCUGCACUUUACUCUGUGGGCUCCCGGCAAAACAGACAGGGUUACAGUAAGAAGGAAUGGCCUAUAAGUGGUGGUAACUGGGGUCAAGGCACACUGAGCUACCCUGAGAUCAUCAUCACUGGACAUGCUGAUGGAUCAAUCAAGUUUUGGGACGCUUCUGCAAUAAUGCUCCAAGUACUGUACAAACUGAAGACUGCCAAGGUGUUUGAGAAGGCUCUAAAGGGCGGUAAGGAGGAGAAGCCGAGCACAGAGAUAGUGGAUGAGGAUCCCUUUGCCAUCCAGACCUUGUCGUGGUGCCCAGAGAGCAGAGUGCUGUGUGUGGCCGGAGUCUCCGCCCACGUCAUCAUCUAUAGGUUCAGCAAACAGGAAAUGACCACAGAGGUGGUGCAGCUGUUGGAGGUGCGUAUGCAGGGUGAGCUGAACGAUGUGGAUUCUCCAGACCCAGCAGGAGACCAUCCUCCCACCCCCUCUACCCCAGUACCCCCCUCCUCCUCCAGCCCCACCCAGGAGGGAGAGCCCCCUGAGGCCCAGCCCUUCACCUCUGAUGACGGGCCCAGAGAUAACGUACCAUGCCUCAAGGUCCGGAGCUCCCCUCUGAAGCAGUCUCCUGGGUACCAGGUGGAGCUGGUCAUUCAGCUGGUCUGGGUUAGUGGGGAGCCGCCUCAGCAGAUCACCAGCCUGGCCGUCAACUCCUCAUAUGGACUUGUGGUGUUUGGCAACAGCAGCGGGCUGGUUGUAGUGGACUACCUUCAGAUGAUCCUCCUCCUGAACAUGGGCACGUCAGAACUGUACAGUCCCUCAGACCCCUACCAGAGACAGCCUCGGUCGCCUCGCAAGACACGACAGCCAUCUGGGGACCUUUCCACUGUGACGUCUUGCAUUUCCCGCCUUUCUAUCUUUUCUACGUCUAUGAAAAAGACCUAUUAUUCUUCUAACUCCCCUCUCAGUGAUAACAGCGAUGGAAACAACGCUUCAGAGGAGAAAAGCAACAAGUCACCAACGUCAGGCGAUACGUCACCCACCAGUUCAGACGAUGAACACAAACAGAAAAGGUUUAUAGAGAUGGUGAAGUCCAAAAGCAGGUGGUUUUCCAAGAUGGUUGCCAAUGACUUUGCCAAGAUGUCAAGGAAAAUGAGCUCGCCUACAGAGCAAAAGACAGGCCUGGAGGAGAGGGUGCGACGGCAGCGCUCUCUCCCAUAUAAGAGGUGCUUUUGUUGUAUGAAGGAGGGCAAGGCGUCCAGGAGCCUUCUCUACGUUCAUAGGACUCUCUCGGUCCCUGACGUCAAUGCCAAGGACAGUUUGUUCAGCCGCUCGAGGAGUUCCAGUGUGACCAGUAUAGAGCGGGAGUCCCGUGAAGCUAUCUCCUCCUUCCACUUCAGUGAGAGUUUCCCCAGGAAGACAGACAGCAACCCCAGCCCCAGCCUGUGGGUGGGUACUACCCAGGGCACUGUCCUCGUCCUCUCCCUCAGUCUGCCACCCACAGGGGACCAGAGGCUGCAGCAACCUGUCGGAGUCUCGUCCUGUGGUACUCUGGUCAGACUAAAAGGAGGUAUCCUGACUAUGGCCUUCCUGGACUCCCUUGGGGCGGUCCUUCCUCCUUCCUACGAGCCGUGGUCCGAGCCCAACGCUCCAGACGAGGAGAAGGAGGCGAGGAGCCGCCGGCCGGCCUCCCCACCCCCCACCCAGGAGGGUCAGGACAGCCAGUACGCUGUGGUGUGCUCAGAGAAACAGGCCAAGGUGGUGGGCCUGCCUUCCCAGUCCUGCUUCUUCAAGCACAACAUCACAGAGAGCUCCUUCGUGCUGAGAGCUGACGUGGUGCAGAUGGCUGCUGGACUCUGCCUCGCCUGCUUCUGUGCUAAUGGACACGUCAUGACUCUGAGUCUACCCAGUCUCAGACCACUCCUGGAUGUGAACUACCUUCCCCUGACAGACAUGAGGAUAGCCCGGACCUUCUGCUUCUCCAACCUGGGCCAGGCUCUGUACCUCACCUCCCCCACUGAGAUACAGAGGAUCACAUACAGCCAGGAGACCUGCGACAAUCUACAGGAGAUGAUGGGAGAGCUGUUUACACCGUUAGAGACACCUGAGGCCCCUAAUAGAGGUUUCUUCAAGGGCCUGUUUGGGGGAGGAGCUCAGUCGCUGGAUAGAGAAGAUCUGUUUGGUGAGACUGCGGCGGGUAAGGGAUCUCGUAGCCUGGCGCAGCACAUCCCUGGGCCCCAGGGCAUGGAGGGCAUGAAGGGGGCAGCCUCGGGGGUGGUGGGGGACCUGGCCCGCGCCCGGAUAGCCCUGGACGAGAGGGGGCAGAAACUGGGCGAGCUGGAGGACAGAACCGCAGCCAUGAUGGCCAGCGCUGACUCCUUCUCUAAACACGCUCAUGAUAUGAUGCUGAAGUACAAAGAUAAGAAGUGGUACCAGCUCUGAUGGCAGCGAGGGGUUGUCUUGUCUACAGGAGAUGCAGCUCCUCCUCCUCUUCUCCUUCAUCUCUCUGCAGGAGGAAGAAGUGUUAUGUAACAGACUGAGGCUUUCUUCCUAGCAGCACAAUACAACACUGCAUUACCUCAGUCUGCUGGUUACCACUGAGGAGGAGUAGACAGACUGACAAAGACAGACGCACUGACACAGACACAGACAGACAGACACAGACAGACAGACAGACAGACACAGA